AGCCAUUAAAGAGAAAAGCGUCAGAAAGUCAGUCAGAGAACACACACCCUGUAGUUGUCAUUGGUGACAGCGAGCCAGAAGGAGACGACGGAGAGGUCUGGAAACGAGAAGAAAAGACAAGUGUAUCAAACGUGGUGACGUCAUCUAGAACAUCGACUAGCACCGGAAGUAAGUUUGAUGACAUGUGUGGACCAACUUGAACAAAAGGAAAGAUAGUUUUGGUUUGAUAAUUCGUCUUUGCAUAAAUGCGGCAGACGGACGAUUUCUCUUAUCGAGCCGAACUUGCUGAAAUAGCGCACAGUCUACGGACCGUUUGCAGAAUUACUGGAGCUGUAGCAUUAUUAGACCCAUAGCCUUGACUUCAUUCUCUUGAAAAUAGGCAGAAACGAUUCAAAAGAAAGCAAGGAAUGAAGUCGAGGCAACGAGGUUUAUGCUAGCAGGACAAACUACCCAAAUUCGUCUGCGUAAAGACGAACUAUGCAGAUACUUCAGUUCGUCAUGACGGAUGAUAUGUGCGUUUGCCGCGUUUAAUUAAUAUACACACACGAAUUAUCGGAUGAAAUAUCUUUUCUUUGUCCACCCUCGUUCAUCCAUGUCAAGUAUAAAUCGAGUCAAUUCAAUACAAGAAAUAUAAGGAAAAACAUACUUCGAAUAAAAAUGUUUAAGAACGAACUUUCUCUAAGCCUCAUGUUAAUAAUAUAUUUUGUGUUCAAUGUAUAGACCACAUUAAGACUUUUUAAUAUGUUUAUUACAUCAACAAACGACGUUUUGGAGAUUUACUCCAUCUCCAGGUGGAUAAGAUUACAAUUUAGAAAAAGAUAGCAUUAAGAAUAAGAUGGCAUUGCUAUACUUCGAACAAUAAUGCCAUCUUGUAAACUCAAGAUAUACGAGUUAUUUAAAGAAAACAACACACAAAUUAUGCUGGUGAUAUUUCGACUCUAUUUCAGGCUCAUUGUCAAACCAAACUAAUUAAUUACAAGCGUGCUCAGACAUUUCAAUACUGCAAACUCCUUCUGGUGUGUAAAUAAAUUCAAUUACAGUAUUCAAACAUUGCCAACAAUGCGUGGAUUCAUAUUAAUCACGUUCUUAUUUCAGGUUUACACGCGAGUGUCACACAGGCAUCGAGUGUUCCUAUGAGUUCACCUGCAUCUGGGGGACAGAACUCUAGUUUUGCAGCAGCUCUUAGAAAACUUGCCAAGCAAGCGAUGUCACCUGGUUCCCAGUCUCCUGUCAGUGUUUUACCACCGCCAAAUACUUCUACCAUGUCACCAGUCAAAAGUAAUGGUAAGUCUAGUAUAAAUAAAGUUGGUGUAGCUUAGGUUUCCUCCUGUAUUAACAUUGGAACAGCAAGGGAGGUCUUUAUAAGAUCGUUACUCUUUAGGGAGAGCUAUUCAUUUUAAAUAAAGCAACGUCAGUUACUGACAAACAUAUUUUAUUCAGGUUGUGAAAGUCCGAAAUUAAAUGGGACACCGAUUGUUUGUAAAAAAGAAAUACCAGAUCCCAGUUAUUUAAAUAGCAAAGGUGAGUGCUAGCGGCUGAUAGGGACCUUAAGCUGUAGGACGGCAAAGCGACCAAAACAGAUUCAUUCAAAUAAAUGAUUGUAAAGAAAGCUUAUCGUAUAUUAUCAAUCGUAUGAAUUUAAAACAGCUUGAAGAGGUCAAAACAGAGGCUUUCUAUUGAGUAGAAUUCCACACUGGCACUGAACCAAUUUGCUGGGUAUCCACUUCUUACGUGCUAAAAUGCAAACGUUGCGCACGGGACGCAAAAGCUCUGUAAAUAGACCGUGGACGACGUAUAAAUAUCUCGUGGGAUUUUAAUUAUUCAUUUCUUUUCUUAAAUAUUAAUUUUAUUGUAUUACUAGCCCGUCACGUUGCCGUCCCAGAUCUCGAGCGAGAACGGCAACGCAACGACAACGGCCAAAAGAGUUCUGCUGAACUCAGUUUGUAGUUGCACUUGUUGCGGCUUGAAAUGCAGCCGUUGUAUCAAGACGUGAAAGUCUGUGAUUUGGCGUAAACAGAGCGAGGACAGUGUCUAAAUUAUUAUAUUGUAAUUUUUCAAUUCUUUUCAAUGAUUUAUUGUAUUGGUAGCCGUUGCCGUCGCGUUGCUGUCCUAAAUCGUAAGGUCUCUAAUAUUCGAGCCAGUACACCCUUCCGGAAAGUGGCCGAGAUGACGUACUUACAGGAAGCGUGUAUUGCCUUCAUCAGUUACAUUAACAUAUUUCUCAGUUUUCAGUCAAAAGUUAGUUAGUUCCACCUUGUAUAAUAACAAUAUCUUUAUUCCUAGAAAAUCGUGUUCAUCCUAAUAUGCCAUCAUCAUCCGAGCUUUCUGGCAUCUCUGGACAUCAAAUCGUACCCGGUGUGUUUUCACUAGGAUCCCGAGGUAUUUGAAAUUUCCGCUGUCCCCACGCCAUCCACUCAAUGUUUUCACAUAGUUGCGACGUAAAGGGCCUGUUCCCCAGGGGCCGGUGUUCAAAAGCCGAUUAGCUUCACCCUAGGUUAACCUAGAAUUCAAAGCAAACUUCCGAAUAGCUUGUUUAUAAAUUUGGAAAUAUUUCUUCAGAAAUAUUGUCUGGAUCAGUAGGAGUUUUCUUCUCUGAAGUUUUGAAAUAAACAGACGUGCAGAAAUACAUAAACUAAAACAGCAGGUUAUAUUUUAACCCAGGUUUAACGUUAUGGUUGUUUGUAAUUUUGAAAGACUUCGCAAUUUAAGAACGAAGUUCCAUCUUUUUGUGUAGGUUACGAGGCUAAAACUGGUGCUAUAGAAGACCUACAUGCUCCAGGGCGUGUCCAAGACAUUCCUCGAGUUAGAGCUGUUCACCCCCCUCCCCCAGCACAUCCGUUCUACAUGCCAUUCCUCCAGAGACCUACCAUGCCCGACUCUAUGUACCUACCUCCGUUCCCCUACUAUCCACCAACGGUAAGAUAUAUAUUAAAUAAGCAGGGUGAUGCAAGCGGUAAGCGCUUAAUCCAGUGAGC